UUCAUCUGUGAAUUUCUUCAUUCAUCUUCAUCUUCAUCUUCCUUUAAACACAGCAGUUUCCAACUUUCCAUUGAUCCUUUUUGUUCUUUAAAGAAAAAACAAAUGACGAUCACAGCAGCUCCCUGUGUCAAAGAUGGCCGCCUCAUGGUGCGGGGAAAGGUGGUUUUAACCGAGGUUCCGAGCAACAUAAUUGUUUCUCAGGGAAUUUCAGGCUCAGCUUUUCUGGGUUCAACUUCAGCAAUCCCCAGUUCUCGCCAUGUUUUCAAUCUCGGGAUUCUUCAGGGAUACAAGCUUCUAUGUCUGUUUAGAUUCAAAAUAUGGUGGAUGAUUCCGGGGUACGGGAAAUCUGGCAGUGAUGUUCCAUUGGAGACUCAAAUGCUUCUUCUGGAAAUCAAACAAGAAUCAGCUGUUGAAGACGACGAUUCCUCUGAUUCAGACAUUGAAAACACGUUCUAUGUUCUUUUCUUGCCUGUCUUGGAUGGCGAUUUCCGGACAAGUUUGCAAGGAACUCCUGCAAAUGAGCUCCAGUUUUGUGUUGAAAGUGGUGAUGCCAAUGUCCAGACCUCACAAAUAUCGGAGCCUGUGUUCAUCAAUUCAGGGGACAAUCCAUUUGAACUCAUCAAGAAUUCCAUAAAGAUAUUGGAGAAGCACAAGGGAACUUUCAGACACAUUGAAAGCAAGAAGAUCCCUGCACAUUUGGACUGGUUCGGAUGGUGCACUUGGGAUGCCUUUUAUACCGAAGUGAAUCCUCAAGUCAUCAAAGAGGGUCUUCAAAGUUUCUCGGAGGGAGGCUGUUCUCCGAAGGUCCUAAUCAUCGAUGACGGAUGGCAAGAUACGGUAAACGAGUUCCAAAAAGAAGGAGAACCGCUUAUCGAAGGGACACAGUUUGCAACUAGAUUAGUUGAUAUCAAAGAAAACAGUAAGUUCAAAAGUCCAGAAUCGGAUGCCGGGUGUAGCGAUCUCCAAGAAUUUGUUAACAUGAUCAAAGUAAAAUAUGGGUUAAAGUAUGUCUAUGUCUGGCAUGCUCUAACAGGCUAUUGGGGAGGUGUUCUUCCAUCAUCUGAAACAAUGAAAAAAUACAAUCCAAAGAUUGUUUAUCCAAUCCAAUCACCUGGUAACGUCGGAAAUCUGCGAGACAUUAUCCCGGACAGUUUGGAGAAGUAUGGAGUGGGGAUCAUCGAACCACAGAAAAUCUUCGAUUUCUACAAUGAUCUCCAUAGCUAUCUCGCCAGCAGUGGGGUUGAUGGAGUCAAGGUAGAUGCCCAAAAUUUGAUAGAGACCUUAGGAUCUGGGUUUGGUGGACGGGUUUCAUUGACUAGACAAUAUCAACAAGCACUAGAACAAUCUACAUCAAGGAACUUCAAAGAAAAUAACCUGAUAUGUUGCAUGAGUCACAAUUCAGACUCGAUUUACAGUUCGAAAACCAGCGCAGUUGCGAGAGCUUCGGAAGAUUUCAUGCCACGAGAGCCAACAUUUCAGACCUUACACAUUGCAUCCGUUGCUUUUAACAGUCUACUUCUUGGGGAAAUUGUGGUGCCGGAUUGGGACAUGUUCCAUAGCAAACAUGAUACAGCUGUGUUCCAUGGUGUUGCAAGGGCAAUAGGAGGAGGUGCAGUAUAUGUAAGUGACAAGCCAGGAAAUCACGAUUUUGAGAUUCUAAGAAAGCUAGUAUUGCCCGAUGGAUCGAUUCUAAGAGCUAAACACUCUGGCCGUCCAACUCGAGAUUGUUUAUUCAAAGACCCUGUCAUGGAUGGGAAAAGUCUAUUGAAGAUAUGGAACUUGAACAAAUUAUGUGGGGUGAUUGGUGUUUUCAACUGCCAAGGAGCAGGAAAUUGGCCUAUGAAACAAGCAAUUAAAGACAUGAAACCCACACCUUCAGCCAUUUCAGGGAACAUUAGUCCCUGUGAUAUUGAGUUCAUUGCAGAUAUUGCAGGAGAAAAUUGGAAUGGAGAUGUUGCAGUUUAUGCCUUCAAUUCAGGAUCUCUCUCCAGAUUGCCAAAGAAUGGGAAUAUUAAAGUAUCAUUGGCCACUCUUAAAUGUGAAACAUUUACCAUUUCACCAAUCAGGGUUUUCGAUCAGGGUGUUCAUUUUGCUCCCAUAGGAUUGCUUGACAUGUACAAUUCAGGAGGAGCAGUGGAAGCCAUUGAUGCAAACAUGAAUGAGCUUUCAGAUUGCAUAAUAAAAACCAAAGCUCGAGGGUGUGGCAGAUUUGGAGCUUAUUCAAGCACGAAACCGAGGUCUUGCAUGGUGGAUAUGAAAGAAGACAAGUUCAUAUACGAUUCUGAGAAUGGAUUAUUGACCGUUGAUCUAACAUGUGAUUGCAAAUUUAGAGAUAUUGAGUUUAUAUAUUGAGGAAAUCUGUAAUUCUUUUAAAG